AUGGAAGGCGUUGCUCCGGAGUAUGACUUCAUUGUGCUGGGCACAGGCUUGACGGAGUGUGUGCUUUCGGGUGUCCUGAGUGUCAAAGGAUACAAGGUCCUUCACAUCGACCGCAAUCCUUACUAUGGCGGAGAAUCUGCAUCUGUGAACAUUGAAACUCUGUUCAAAAAGUACGGCAAUGUCCCCGCUGGGGAGGAGCCGUGGAAGAAAUACGGCAGGACCCAUGACUGGAACAUCGACCUCGUGCCUAAGCUGUUGAUGUCCAACGGUGACCUUUCGAGUAUUCUCGCCUCGACCAACGUCCAUGAGUAUGUCAAGUUCACGUCGAUCGCUGGCAGCUACGUCCACAAGGGAAAUGAUGUGAACAAGGUCCCCUCGAGUGCCGCCGAGGCCCUGCGCUCCCCGCUGCUUGGAUUGUUCGAGAAGAGAAGAGCAAAGAAGUUCCUAGAGUGGGUUGGGGAGUUCAAAGCCGAUGAAGUGUCGACUCAUGCUGGUCUGGAUUUGCAUAAGAGCACAAUGAAGGAUGUCUAUGACAAAUUUGGACUCGAGGAAGGUACUCGUGAUUUCAUUGGUCACGCAAUGGCGCUGUAUCAGUCAGAUGACUAUCUCGAUGUCCCGAAACUGCCAGGUGAAACCGACGAAUCGGACUCACUAAAGGCCAGACGGUUCCAGAGCAUCCUGGAGACAAUCGACCGUAUCCGCCUGUACGUCAACUCUAUGGGAAAGUAUGGCGGCUCGCCAUACAUCUACCCCUUGUACGGUCUUGGAGAGCUCCCGCAGGGAUUUGCCCGUCUUUCUGCUAUCUACGGUGGUACCUACAUGCUGAACACCAGCAUUGACGAGAUCCUUUACGAUGCCGAUGGUAAGGUUUCGGGCAUCAAGGCGACCAUGCGGGAACCUGGCGAUGGCAGUGUGGUCAUGAACUUUGAGACCAAGACGAAGAAGAUCAUUGCCGACCCAUCAUAUUUCCCCGAAAAGGUCGAACCUUACGACCACUUGCUAAAGGCAAUCUGUAUCCUGAAGCACCCGAUCCCCAAGACGGACUCGAGCGAUUCGCUGCAGUUGAUUAUCCCGCAGUCUCAAGUCAACCAGAAGAAAGAUACCUACAUUGCUAUGGUGUCUUCGACGCACUGCGUCUGCCCCAAGGGCUACUACAUUGCCAUUGUUUCUAAGAUCCUUGAGGACCAGGACAACUGGCACGCAGAACUCAACCAUGGAUUCAAGCUCCUUGGUGACAUUGAGGAGAGAUUCAUGGGUCCUCCUGCUCCUCUUUACAGGCCAAAGGCGAACCUGCCCAACGACAACAUCUUCAUCUCGAAGAGCUACGAUGCUACAACUCAUUUCGAGACGACUACAGAGAACAUUAGAGAGAUUUACAAGCAGGCGGUUGGCGAAGAAUUGGUCGUCGAUAACCUCAAGAAGAUCUCGGCUGAGGAAUAG